AUGCAGACCAAGCAGGCAAGCAAAGGCAACGAGGCGGGCACGCCUUCCCUUCCCCGCCUCCACUACCCUCCAAACUGCCAAGCGAAACUAUCCCCCGAAAAAAUCCUACAAAUCGACGCACCCCGUCCACAGAAACAACAGAUUGCCACAACCCCCCGUCCACACACACCCAUCGAAACCUCUUCUUCUUCCAACUCCUACCAGCACCAGCAAAGCCAAGAAGUACAGCUCCUCCUCCCCUCCCCUGUAGCUGCUUCGCCGUUUCCGGGAGGUUCUUGGAUUGGUUUUUCGGCAGAGAUGGUUUCGCCCGUCGUGAUCGCGUCGGCGGGGCUCGGGAUGCUGGCGGGCGUGGCGUUGGCGAGCCGGGGGACGGGCGACGGGCUGCCGGCGUCGUCCAGAUGGGACGCGCGGCCCCGUUGCUCCACGUGCAGCGGCACCGGCCGGGAGGAGUGCCUCUGCAGCCGCUGGUCCGACGGCGACGUCGGCUGCGGGACGUGCUCUGGGUCCGGCCGCAAGCGGUGCCGCAGCUGCGGAGGCUCUGGCACCGGCCGGCCGCUCCCGGCGCGACUCAUCGUCCAGGAGCAGAAGCUGCCGACCGCGCCAGGGCGACGCGGAGACUACAACUGA